AAAAAGUCAAAACAGAAAAUUCUGAGCUUCAUUGAGAAAUGUCUAGUUAUUUAGAUUUUUUACUAUUUUAUGGAUGAAUUAAGUCAAAAUCUGCAAUAAUAGUGUUAAAAUUGGUUGUACCUAUUAAUAAAAAUGUUUCGUCGAAGCUUUAUUACUCCUGGGGUUUUGUGGCUGAAGCGGAACCAAAUUAACACCGAUUACGCAAGACAAUUGCAACCUCAAGUCCAUGUUUACAAACGGGAGCAAGGCACAGUUGCCGUAGAAGAUAGUUAUGUAAAAAAGUUCAUGAAAGCUGUUGGUUGGAUGGAUCAGUCACGUACUCGUCUCAAACUAACUGGCUACUUCUUGUAUGAAAGUGUUCCUGACAAAGUAGUUUAUAAAGAAUGGUUUGAUAAAUUAGAUUUGCCAGAUACAUUUGUUUCUUGGUUCACUAUUACUGAGCUGCAUGUGUGGAUGUUGAUGGUGCGAUACAUGGCAGAAGAUAUCAUCACAUCACCCAAUGGUAAUCAACAAUAUGUGAAAGGAGAUGGCCAUUUCGUAAGGAACUGUAUCAUUGAAGCUUUAUGGGCGGAUGUUGGAAAUAAAAUCAAACUUUUGGAGGGUGCAAAUCCAGCAAUAGCAAGAAAACAAGUAUCAGAACUAUCUGAGCAGUUCCAAGCUGCCUUAGUGGGCUACGAUGAGGCAUUGAAUGAUGACAAAAUACUGGCUGCAGCAAUCUGGAGGCGCUUUUAUACAUUAUCAGAAGAUGCCAAGGCAGAAAAUGUUGAAAGGAUUGUUCAUUUUGUCAGACAUCAGAUAUCAUUAUUGGACAAGAUUCCUAGUGAAGAUUUGAAAUUCAAACCUAACAUUGCUUGGUUAAGUAUACUAGAUCACUAGUUUUAUAAGUUUUAUGUAGGGAUUUUUUUUGUAAUAUACUGUUGAUUGUUGUGUAAAUAUGAAAUGAAAUUAAUUAUGGUUAUUUAUUAUACAAUCUAUUAUUUCUGUUAGGAGUAAAACAUGCUUCUCAAUUCUUCACAUCUCUGUCGUUCCCACAGUACAUUUACAACGAUUUUACAAAGAUUGUCUAACUUGCAGUAAUCAUUGUUACAGUUAGGCCAGCGCACGUCACUGAUUUUGGAAUAAAAUGCGUUAUAAAUGUCGAGCAAGUGACGAUUGGUUGUAACCAUUGAAUAGACUAGGUCACUCAUUGAUUUAGGCGUAAGGUCAGGGAGACCGAAAGUAUUCUUCAUGUCGUACAGCAAAAACCAGUGCGGCCGACGAUUGGGCGUGAGAUUUGCUUCUGUGAGAUUGUAGGCAUAAUUCAGAAUUCUGUCAGGGGUCUGUGAACAAAAAGU